AUGGCGAAGCGGCAGGCCCGCGCGCUGGCGGGCGCCGCGCUCGGCCGGCCCCGGCCCGCAGCCCCGCCGCCCAGACCUCUCCGGGUGGAAGCGGGGUUCCGACUGCCGCGCGGUUUAACGCUCUGCUCCACGGCCGAGGGCGACCGCGGCGGCGCCGCAGCCGACUCACAGGGCAGGCCGGACACCGACGCGCUCACGGCGGCGGAGCGGCGGAUCGCGGAGCUGCACGCGGCCGCGUGCGCGGCUGGCCAGCUAAAUUACGUGGAUCCAGCUACUGGCUACGUGGUGCUCACGCAGCUGGCCCACUUGCAGAGGGGCGAGUGCUGCGGCUCUGCCUGCAGACACUGUCCAUAUGGUCAAGUCAAUGUUAAAGAUCCAUCUAAAAAGAAGCAAUUCAAUUCAUAUUUUUAUGUUUGAGAACAACUUCAUACUCUGUUCAGUUGGACCUGUAUUAAAAAAAUAAUAAUAAACCUCUGAUCCAGACUUACCCUCCGAGCUGUUGGGAUUUGAGCACUAGUUUAAACUGAAAUACUUAUGUUAAAAGAACAUCAAUAAAAUGAAAA